GCUCUUCAACGGGGACGCGGAGCCCGAGCCGCCGCCGCCCGUGCUGGGCGCCUGCUAUGCCGGGAGCGGUGGCGGCGACCCGGCCAUCCCGGAGGAGGUGUGGAAUAUCAAACAGAUGAUUAAAUUAACACAAGAACAUAUAGAAGCGCUGUUAGACAAGUUUGGAGGAGAACACAACCCACCAUCAAUAUAUUUAGAGGCCUAUGAAGAGUACACCAGCAAACUAGAUGCUCUACAGCAGAGAGAACAGCAGUUAUUGGAAUCCAUGGGAAAUGGAACUGAUUUCUCUGUCUCCAGUUCAGCUUCAACAGACACAGUUGCAUCAUCUUCCUCCUCUAGCCUCUCUGUAGCACCUUCAUCCCUUUCAGUUUAUCAAAAUCCUACUGAUAUGUCGCGGAAUAACCCUAAGUCUCCACAGAAGCCUAUUGUUAGAGUCUUCCUGCCCAACAAGCAAAGGACUGUGGUUCCGGCAAGAUGUGGGGUGACAGUCCGAGACAGCCUGAAGAAAGCUCUGAUGAUGAGAGGUCUUAUUCCAGAAUGCUGCGCUGUUUACAGAAUACAGGAUGGAGAGAAGAAGCCAAUUGGCUGGGACACUGACAUUUCCUGGCUAACCGGAGAGGAGUUACAUGUGGAGGUCUUGGAGAAUGUGCCACUCACAACGCACAAUUUUGUACGAAAAACAUUCUUCACGUUAGCGUUCUGCGACUUCUGUCGAAAGCUGCUUUUCCAGGGAUUCCGAUGCCAGACGUGUGGCUACAAAUUUCACCAGCGCUGUAGUACAGAAGUGCCACUGAUGUGUGUUAACUAUGACCAACUCGAUUUGCUGUUUGUCUCCAAGUUCUUUGAACAUCACCCCAUAUCGCAGGAGGAGACCACCUUAGGAGAGACCACCCCGGCAUCAGGAUCGUACCCCUCCGUGCCCCCAUCAGAUUCUGUUGGACCACCAAUUCUCCCUAGUCCUUCUCCUUCAAAAUCCAUUCCAAUCCCACAGCCCUUCCGACCAGCAGAUGAAGACCAUCGGAAUCAGUUUGGGCAACGCGACCGAUCCUCUUCAGCUCCCAAUGUUCACAUCAAUACAAUCGAGCCAGUCAAUAUUGAUGACUUGAUUAGAGACCAGGGUGUACGAGGAGAGGGAGGUUCAACUGCAGGUUUGUCUGCAACACCUCCCGCAUCUUUGCCUGGGUCACUUACCAAUGUGAAAGCAUUACAGAAAUCACCGGGCCCCCAGCGGGAAAGGAAAUCAUCCUCAUCCUCAGAAGACAGAAAUAGAAUGAAAACCCUUGGUCGACGAGAUUCAAGUGAUGAUUGGGAAAUACCAGAUGGGCAGAUCACAGUUGGACAAAGGAUAGGAUCUGGAUCAUUUGGAACAGUCUACAAAGGAAAGUGGCAUGGUGACGUGGCAGUGAAAAUGUUGAAUGUUACAGCACCCACACCUCAACAGUUACAGGCUUUCAAAAAUGAAGUAGGAGUGCUCAGGAAAACACGGCAUGUGAAUAUCCUACUUUUUAUGGGUUAUUCAACAAAACCUCAGUUGGCUAUUGUUACACAGUGGUGUGAGGGGUCCAGCUUAUAUCACCAUCUGCACAUAAUUGAGACCAAAUUUGAAAUGAUCAAACUAAUUGAUAUUGCACGACAGACUGCACAAGGCAUGGAUUACUUGCACGCCAAGUCGAUCAUCCACAGAGACCUCAAGAGUAAUAAUAUUUUUCUUCAUGAAGACCUCACAGUAAAAAUAGGUGACUUUGGUCUGGCUACAGUGAAAUCACGAUGGAGUGGAUCUCAUCAAUUUGAACAGUUAUCUGGAUCGAUUCUGUGGAUGGCACCAGAAGUGAUCCGGAUGCAAGACAAAAACCCAUACAGCUUUCAGUCAGAUGUGUAUGCGUUUGGGAUUGUGCUUUAUGAACUGAUGACGGGGCAGUUACCAUACUCAAACAUCAACAACAGGGACCAGAUAAUUUUUAUGGUGGGACGAGGAUAUCUAUCUCCAGACCUCAGUAAAGUAAGAAGUAACUGUCCAAAAGCUAUGAAGAGACUAAUGGCAGAAUGCUUGAAAAAGAAAAGAGAUGAGAGACCUCUUUUUCCACAGAUUCUUGCCUCCAUUGAGCUUCUGGCCCGGUCGUUGCCAAAAAUUCACCGCAGUGCAUCUGAGCCGUCACUAAACCGGGCUGGUUUCCAGACCGAGGAUUUUAGUCUGUAUGCUUGUGCUUCUCCAAAAACACCCAUCCAAGCAGGGGGAUACGCUGCUGGGACUGGGGAAAAGUCCUGCUCCCUGCUGCUUGCCACCCUUGAGACUCCUCUGGGAGCCCGUGCUGCUAGAGCAGGUCUGCAAGUGUUCAGGUAAGGGAGCCGGCCCGUCUGCUCCGCAGUCCCCCCAGCUCCUUUGGGGUUCCCCUGCCAGCCCUUUGCCCAUGACUCCCCACCCUGCCACAGCUCUCCUGGCGGCCUCCCAGGGCUGGACAGAUGACACUUUAGCACCUGCAAAAAGUCAUCAGCUGCCUCAUUGGAUCCAUUUCCCUCUGUCAAAACACACGUGCAGACUGGCCGCUGUUGCCUUCCAUGACUCUGCCUUGUUUUGAAGGAGCAGGUAUACCUGCUUGUAACCAGUCACGCACUGGUUGCCCUGUCUCUUUCUUACUUGAGCGUGUGCUGCUCUUCCUAGGUUAGGAAAGGGGCAGCAGUCUCACUUGGGGUUCUGCAGGAGGCUUACUGCAUACUUUUGUUAAACGGGGUGGAAGGUGCUGCACUCGGUCGUUGGACCCUGUGGGGAAGUAAGAAAGGACUGGCACGUUUAAAAUUUAUAGAUACAGAGAUCUGUAUCCUUUAAACUUGAUUAUUUUUAUACACAGUCAAGACAUUGGCAUUACCUCAUAAUACAGAGGCUUGUUUAUGGGAGGCAAACUAGUAAGGAGAGGAAAGGGAAAUUCAUAUACAGAUUUGAUUUCUUGGUUUCUUAGUGCAAUGAAACGUACGUCCCACCCAUUUGAACUGUGCUAACACAACAUUCCUCUCUGCUGUGUUUUGUUGACCACCAGAGGUUUGUGAGGGGCUUACGACGACAAAAUAAAAGGUCCAGUCCAGUUACUUAAAAAAAAGCAAUUGUGCUAGUAGAUUUCCAUGGCUGCUUUUCAAAAAUCUUACAAUGGAGUAAUUGUUUGGAAACUUGUAUUUAUUUUCUAAUUCAUAACAAAAUGUUUAUUUUCAGUUUUCUGUUACGUAGAAGGUCAUGGCAACCCCCCUUCUUUCCCUCUCGAGUCUCCCCUGUAAUUGCCAAUACAACUUAUUUUUCUUGUUUGUUCCCUUCCCCUUUACUUUUGUUGUCCCUUCAUUUGUAUUUUGGAGUUUUUUCUCAUGUAAAUUUGUACAAUGGGAAAUAUUGUCCAGUUUGGUUAGAGAGCAUGGAGACUUAAAACAUAUUAAAAUUUGAUAGCUGAAUUCAGAUUAAAGAAAACUAUUUCUGUGUAAAGUUAUUUAAAGAACUCUGUAUUAUAUAAAAGGCAAAAAGUUCUAUGUACUUGAUGUGAAUAUGAGAAUACUGCUAUAAUAAAGAUUGACUGCAUGGAAAAGUCUGAA